UAUCAAAGACAGAUUUGUUUUAAAUGUGAGGUCCUGGAACUGGGGUUAUAUCACCCGUGUAUUAGAAUUUGAUGCCCCCCUUUUUAUGACCAGGUAAAACGUUGCCAGGGCAGGUGGAUAUGCCCCCUGUUCCCUUUUACGUUUUCGCAUAAUUCCGGAUUCAAUUUCAUUUGAAAACUCUCAACAUGCUUGAUUACGGCCAUUUUAUAAAUCAGCUGAUGUCGAAAGCUAUAACUGAUUCUUGCCAGUUUAGUCGAUUGCGUAUGGGUGUCGUGUCCAAACUUUAGAACGGGGAAGUCCAAGGUUAAACACAACAAAACAUGUUUUUGCGUUUCGUUCGUCUUUUCGUGAUAACACAGUAAAUGACGUGUGGUAUAGCAAUAAUUAUCUAGAACUUGACACUAGACGAUAUCUAGUGUGUCAAUAGAAGUCAUGGCUAUCUAAAGUGGAUGAAAAAUUGUUCCUGGAUGGCAACCGAAAGAUUUUUCGAAGGAGUUCAACACGCAAAGAAUUAUGCCACAUUCAGACCACGCCCACCUGAGCAACUCACUGAAAGAAUCGUGGCCUAUUUGAAAGAGAAGUAUGAAGGCCAGCUGGAUCUUUGUGUUGACGUGGGGUGCGGCAACGGCCAAUGUAGCACACCGUUUGCCCAUCAUUUUCACAAAGUGUUGGCUACAGAUGUCAGCAGUGCUCAGAUUCAAGUGGCAAAUGCCCUCGUUCAUCCCGUCAAUGUCGAGUUUCGGUUGGGUUGAAGUAAAAAAAAAAUUUAAAAAGAAAAAUGGACGUAGAUAAGGAAGUUCAGCGCCUAGAGGACUUCAUGAAAGAUUCCCAGGCCAACUUGAGUGAAAUAGUCAGAAUCUAUUAUCGCAUUGCAAAAGAUACAAGUUCUGAUGCGUCCAGCGCUAUUUCCAUCCUCAACAAAUUAGCAGUUCAAUUGCUGUCGUCUGAAGUGAUUAUGAUCUUGAAAAAACAUAGGCUGGACGCCUUUUCUUACGUGCUAGUCGCCAACAACCUACUGAACGUGGAUGAUGUCAAAGAUGACUUGGAAAACGGAGACGUAUUGGUGACUAACGCUCCAUCCAAUGCGAUCAGGAAGCUCAAAGCAGAGCUCUGUGUUGUAUCAGUUUUACCACCCGCAACACCAGCAGCGGAAUGCGCACCACCAACACCGCCAGGCAACCCACAAGGGUCAAUGAGCAGCAGGAAUUAUUUGGAUCACAAAACUGCAUCAACCACUGACGAGAACAGACUACCAAUAGAAAUUAUAAACCAAUGUAGCAAUAUGAAAAAAGUUAACGACAUGAUCUUGUACGUGUUGCCAUUGAAUCGAUCAUCAACUUUCUCCGGAGCAUCUUCCAUCGUAAGGCGAUUCAGCUUCGGUGAGCCAGAUCCUUCCGGAAGCAAGACAUGCAAAACAAUUCUUCUGAUGGGUGCCACCGGUUCAGGCAAGACCACCAUGAUCAACGCCAUGAUUAAUUAUGUAUUGGGUGUUCAAUGGGACGAUCCCUUUCGUUUCAUACUUAUCGAUGAAGACGUGACAUCUCAAGCGUUUAGCCAAACCAGAGAGGUGACGGCGUACGACAUCCAUUACAGAAAUGGUUUCUGCGUUCCUUAUUCUCUGACAAUUGUCGACACUCCUGGAUUCGGAGAUACUGAAGGUAUCGAGCGCGACCAAGAAAUCACUUCGGCCGUCAAGCAAUUCUUUGAAAACAGAAAUGGCAUUCAAGAAUUAGACGCUGUUGGUUUUGUAGUGCAGUCUGCGCUGGCUCGCCUCACGAAUUCUCAGACGUACAUCUUCAAUUCGGUGUUGUCCAUUUUCGGCAAAGAUAUUGGGGAAAAUGUUCGCUUCCUGGUCACUUUCGCUGAUGGAGGGCUACCUUCAGUCUUAGCAGCCAUUAAGGAGGCUAAGCUUCCUUGCCUAAUGGAUGCCAACAAGGAUCCCUGUCACCAGAGUUUUAAUAACCGUCGGGUCUUCGUCUCGAAUCAAACACCAGGUGAUCGCUUGUCUCCUAUCGAAUGGGACAACGCAAUGCAAAAUUUUCAAUCCUUUUUUACCGAGUUGUCCAAAAUGCCGAUCAAAUCGCUCCAACUCACCAAAGAAGUACUGAACAGCCGUGAAAGUCUACGCAUCACUAUUCAAGGUCUAGCAGUGACCAUCCAGGCGCACUUGAUGAAGAUGGAAGAGCUGCGGAAGAUAGAGGAGAUCAUCGCCUUGAACAAAGAGCAUGUUAACGCUAAUAAGAACUUUGAGUUCACGGUGAAAGUACAUAAGAAGAAACGGAUUGAGGUUGAAAUGCACACAGCCCUGAAUUGCUCAAAGUGCGAAGUAACGUGCCAUUAUCCUUGUAACCCGGUUCUGUGGACGGGCUUUUGCCCUGUGUUCUGGGGUUUAGAAACAUUUUUAUCAUUAAAAUCGAGUUUUCUAGCGUGCAAAGUCUGCCCGGGAAAGUGCGCAACUACAGACCACGCAAACGAACCCACUAAGUGGAUAUACGUUCAAGAAGAAGAGACUCGCACUCUCAAUGAAAUUCGCAAAAAGUACGAGGACGCAAUGGCAAAGACGCUUAGUUUUGAAGAACUAAAGAAUGCCUUGCAAGGAGAGGCGGAGCAACUGAAAUGCGAAAUCAUGAAACCGAUGGAUGAGAUCAGUCGCUGCUCAAAUCUUUUAAAGGAGAUAGCACUACGAGGUGAACCCCUCUUCACUCCCGAAUAUAUUAACUUGAUGAUUGAAAACGAAAACAAGGAAAAAAAACCUGGUUACUUGGAAAGGAUUAAAAGUUUUGAAGACCUGUUGAGAAAGGCUGAACUUACGAAAGACGUUACCGACGGCGGUGAUUUAGCCAAGCAGUUCAAAUAGUAAGAUUGACAUACAUGCUUCUAUCAAGAAAUACUGAAGCAGGGAAGAUUUUUUUUUGUCGUUAAUCAUUUUCUUUAAUUAUUAUAGUAAAAAAAAAUUUGGCUAGCUAUCACAGCAAAUUAAGUUGGCUUUCACGUGCGAUUGCCAAAUUUUUUAAAUUUCAUAUCCUUUUUUUUUUUUUAUUUGUCGAGGUUUAGAGGGUAAAGGGUUAAAAUGUAUAACUGAAUAAAUUCACCUAUCAAAAGCAAA